UUUAUCCGAUUAUAAUUAAGUCAAUCUCUACAUUUUGUGAAGAUAUUUGCUUUUCGAAAUGUGGAGGCAUGAUUGUAAAAAAAAUCCAAUUUUGUCUGAUUCCUCUCGUUGGUAUCAGACUUCCAGCCACAUCAGCAGGCUCUAGAUUAUAAUAUACCCAGUAAUGCGGAGUAACAAAUUCCCAACGUGCUGAAAUUAAUCAUUGAGAAAACAUGGCAAUCGAAGAAGGGUGCAACAAAGAAGAAAUUCGGACUUCCCUACUUGGUGGCACUCAUGAUAAGGGGCAGAAUGGAGCUUCAUUUCUGGGUUCAGUGUUCAACUUGUCGAGCACCGUCGUCGGGGCCGGAAUUAUGGCUCUUCCGGCCACCAUCAAAGUUCUUGGCAUCGGACUUGGCAUUUCCACCAUCAUUUUCAUGGCAGUUUUGACCAAUUUCUCUAUAGACAUUCUUCUAAGGUUUAGCGGGUCAAACAAUAAUUCAUAUGCAAGUGUUAUGGGUGACGCGUUUGGGAAUUGGGGAAGAAGAUUGCUUCAAGUCUGUGUCCUCGUCAAUAACAUUGGCAUACUUGUUGUCUACAUGAUCAUAAUUGGUGAUGUGCUAUCUGGAACGAGCUCAGAUGGGGUUCACCAUGCUGGAGUGUUGGAGGGAUGGUUCGGAGAACAAUGGUGGACUGGGCGUCAUUUUCUUCUUCUUGUAAUCACUCUUCUGGUCUUUGCUCCAUUGGCUUUUUGCAAGCGCAUUGAUUCAUUGAGACACACAUCCGCCUUGGCAGUUGCACUUGCAGUUGUUUUCCUAAUCAUUACUGCAGGGAUCACCAUUUAUAAGCUGUUCACAGGCGGUAUUAAAAUGCCCAGAUUUCUCCCUAAUGUCACUGAUAUUACUUCCUUCUGGAGACUCUUCACUGUAGUCCCAGUUAUCGUCACCGCUUACAUCUGCCAUUUCAACGUGCAUAGCAUAGAGAAUGAAAUGAAAGACCCUCACCGGAUACGAUCAGUUGUGAGGGCGUCUUUGGCAAUUUGCUGCAUCAUAUACAUCAUGACAAGCUUGUUUGGAUACCUUUUGUUUGGCGAUUCUACUUUAGAUGAUGUGCUCGCCAACUUUAAUUCUGACCUAGGUGUUCCUUUUAGCCAUGUCCUCAGUGAUGCUGUUCGUAUCUCCUAUGCGCUUCACCUUAUGCUUGUUUUCCCAGUUUUGUUCUACCCUCUUCGUGUUAAUGUGGACGGUCUCUUCUUUCCCUCUGCAAGGGCUUUGGAGUCGGCUAAGUGGCGUUUUGCGUCCAUUAACCUUGGGCUCAUUAUUGUGGUGUUUGUAAUUGCAAAUUUUGUUCCCAGCAUUUGGGAUGCUUUCCAGUUCAGUGGGGCCACUGCAACUGUUUCUCUUGCCUUCAUUCUUCCUGCUGCCAUUGCAUUGAAGAAUGUACCUGGAAUAGCCACAAAGGAGGAUAAGAUAUUGUCGAUAUUCAUGAUAGUCUUGGCAGUGGCUUCAAAUGCAGUGGCCAUAUACAGUGAUGCAUAUGCUGUGUUCAACACGAAUUCAUCCCCAGAUAAGUGAUUACUGAUUAAUGUUCCUAUUCAUCAUCAUCUACCCGGACAUGAAGAUACAAUGGUCGAGGAAUAUGAAGAUUUUUUUCGGAAGCAAUGCAAUCUUGUUUUUCCGAGUUGUAUUGUAAAAUUAAAGGUACAUAGUUGUCGCUUUCUUGCAAUAAAAAAAUAAACAAUCGAGGCUGGCUUCUGAUGAAAUUGUCACUUGCGUUGAAGGACCAAACGCAAGCAAAUGUUUAUAUUAUGGGAUCCAAUUGAAUGAAAAAAGCUACAACAAUAAAUGAACAAGCCAGUAGUCACUUGACUGCAACUUAUUCCAUCCAUCUUUGCAUACAAGAGGGGAUCUCUUCUUACUUCAAAUGAGAUGUUGUAUCAUCAUUUAUGCAGCCUAAUGUUCUCUUUAUUGAGAUUCACUGUGAACUACAUUAAGGUAAAAAGGUUUACUACCAAAUCAAGCGUCAACAUAAUGUUAUUUACCCUUGACCAAAUUGGUAAAUAAAUUAGAUCACAAAAUAUUAUUUGGUGUCUUUCAUAGAGUUUACAUGAACACUUGUGCUUCCG